AUGACACUGAGUGGUACAUUCCUCCGAAGCAGGGACCGCGUCCAUUCUCCUUCGGGUGGGAGUGGAAGUGCUCUGCGCACGGUGGGCGCGCUGCUGAUAAGGCUGUCUGGUCAGGCGGGGCCAAGCGGGAACGGGGACACGGUCGAGGAGUCGCCCGCUGCCAGGGCGGAGUUGGGGGGCAGCCUCGAGGGGACACCGCCGGACCAGGGAGGGAUGCGCGUGGAGGGAGUGGGAGAGGGCGUCCAAUCCCCACGGGGAGAGGCCGGCGCAGCAGAGGAGAACGGCAUAGGCUGGGUCGGACCCGCACUGCAGCAUCUGCGGGGCUCCGACCUGGGACGGACCUCCAAGGCCGGGGGCGAGCGGCAGCAGAGCCGGUGGCGGCGAUCUUCCGGGCCAUUCCCUCCCCCCUACCCCUCCCCUCCCGCCCGCGACCUUCGACCUCCAUCCCGGACCCACGGGGAACUGGCCCGGGGACAAGGAAGAGACGUUAAAGGGAUACCAUUGUCUAGUCAUCCACGGGCCGCCUGGAGUUUUCCCAGGAUUUGCGGCGCGCACUCCCCUCCCCCGCCCACACAGACUUGCUCUCCAGCGCCAACCCGGAUCUGCCUAGGUGCCCACGGGUCCUUCCCGAUCGACUUGAGUGUCCUUCCUCCAGCUCUUGCUUUCCCAGCAUCGAAAACACAAAAGCCUGCCGGAAAUCACCCAGCCUUUGCCUGGUCACUCAGGGGCCCACGGAUAAGCGUGGCUCUGAUUCCUCCAGCCCCGGGUCCCGGACAGCCGUCGCCCCCUCCGGAGGCACUGCCCUGCCGGGACGGCACGGACCCCAACCAGCCCGCCGAGCUUCUCGGAGAGGUGGACCGCACGGAAUUUGAACAGUAUCUGCACUUCGUGUGCAAGCCUGAGAUGGGCCUCCCCUACCAGGGGCAUGACUCCAGUGUGAAUCUCCCCGACAGCCACGGGGCCAUUUCCUCCGUGGUGUCCGACGCCAGCUCCGCGGUAUAUUACUGCAACUAUCCUGACGUGUGACAGGUCCCCGAUCCGCCCCAGCCUGCAGGCCAGAAGCAGUGUUACACACUUCCUGGAGGAGCGAAGGAAAUCCUCAGACUCCUGGGUUAUUGUUGUUGCUGUUGUUGUUGUUUUUUAAAAGGUGUCUUGGCAUAUAAUUUAUGGUAAUUUAUUUUGUCUGCCACUUGAACAGUUUGGGGAGGGGUGAGGUUUCAUUUAAAAUUUGUUCAGAGAUUUGUUUCCCGUAGUUACAUUGUCAAAAACCCUAUUUCCAAGUUCAAGUUAACUAGCUUUGAAUGUGUCCCAAAACAGCUUCCUCCAUUUCCUGAAAGUUUAUUGAUCAAAGAAAUGUUGUCCCGGGUGUGUUUUUUCUAUCUUCUAAAAAAUAAAAUCUGGAAUCCUGUUUUUUCGUUCUACUAGUACCUCUGUCACACUAGUUUUAUCAAAACCCAAUUUUUAAGAUCAAUGUUAAGUCUAUUAGUUAAUGUAAAUUUCUCAUCCUCUUGAAAAGGGUGAACAUAAUUUAAGGACUAUAUCUAAAAAUAAACAUUAGGAUAUCUAAGUUUGAUGUAAUUGUUUCGGGAAGGAAAAAAGAAAAGCAUUCUGGAAUGAGCCUACUUCAUUUCAAGUAAUCUUAGUUUUUAAAACGAACGGUUAAUUGAUAUUUUCAAUUCCAGUAUAUCACUUUAAGUAGAAGGGGAUGUCCAAGUAAUUUUGGUUUUCUAACCGUUGAAUCAUAAGCUUGACCGGCCCACAGAGGCUUUUCGGAUGUUUUUAUCUGUGUUCUGCCAUCUCUUUACACUACACUCCUCCAACAUUCAGUUUACCUAAAUCUUCACAUUUUUACACCUUGGGAAGUGGCGUUGCUGGGUUGAAAAUAAAGGAGUCACAGAAACUAAUCAAAAUAAAAUGUGCAUUAUGACAACUUUU